GCCGCGGGUGUCGGCAAGCAGCUGCAGCCGCCCGCGCCACCCCCUCGGCCGCGGCUCCCGGGCGAGCGAGGGUGAGCCGAGCGCGGCGGGCAGCUGCCACCCGGCGCCGUACUGAACGCAAAGUUGCCCAGUCUAAAGCGCAGACAUGCCGGGCAGCGACACGGCGCUCACCGUGGACCGGACCUACUCGGAUCCCGGCCGGCACCACCGCUGCAAGAGCCGGGUAGAACGUCAUGACAUGAAUACCCUCAGCCUACCCCUGAACAUACGCCGAGGGGGUUCAGACACCAACCUCAACUUCGAUGUCCCAGAUGGUAUCCUGGACUUCCACAAGGUCAAACCCAACACGGACAGCCUGAAACAAAAGAUCUUAAAGGUGACGGAGCAGAUCAAAAUCGAGCAGACGUCCCGCGAUGGGAACGUCGCCGAGUACCUGAAGCUGGUCAGCAGCGCGGACAAGCAGCAGGCCGGGCGCAUCAAGCAAGUCUUCGAAAAGAAGAACCAGAAGUCGGCGCACUCCAUCGCCCAGCUGCAGAAGAAGUUGGAGCAGUACCACAGAAAGCUGAGGGAGAUCGAGCAGAACGGCGCCUCCAGGAGCUCCAAGGACAUUUCCAAGGACAGCCUGAAGGAGAUACACCACUCGCUGAAGGAUGCCCACGUGAAGUCGCGAAGCCCCCACUGCCUGGAGAGCAGUAAGUCGAGCAUGCCGGGGGUGUCCCUCACGCCCCCGGUGUUUGUCUUCAACAAGUCCAGGGAGUUUGCCAACCUGAUCCGGAAUAAGUUCGGCAGCGCCGACAACAUCGCCCACUUGAAAAACUCCCUGGACGAGUUCAGGCCCGAGGCCGGCGCCAGGGCUUACGGGGGCAGCGCCACCAUCGUGAACAAACCCAAGUACGGCAGCGAUGACGAGUGCUCCAGCGGGACCUCCGGCUCGGCGGACAGCAACGGGAACCAGUCCUUCGGGGCCGGGGGGGCCGGCACGCUCGACGGCCAGGGCAAGCUGGCCAUGAUCCUGGAGGAGCUGAGGGAGAUCAAGGACACCCAAGCCCAGCUGGCCGAGGACAUCGAGGCGCUGAAGGUGCAGUUCAAGAGGGAGUAUGGCUUCAUCUCUCAGACCCUGCAGGAGGAGAGGUACAGGUAUGAGCGACUGGAAGACCAGCUGCAUGACCUGACGGAGCUUCACCAGCAUGAAACGGCCAACCUGAAGCAGGAGCUCGCCAGCGCCGAGGAGAAGGUGGCCUACCAGGCCUAUGAGCGCUCGAGGGACAUCCAGGAAGCCUUGGAAUCUUGCCAGACGCGCAUCUCCAAGCUGGAGUUGCACCAGCAGGAGCAGCAGACCCUGCAGACGGAUGCCGUGAACGCCAAGGUGCUGCUGGGGAAAUGCAUCAACGUGGUCCUGGCCUUCAUGACCGUCAUCCUGGUGUGCGUGUCCACCCUGGCCAAGUUCGUCUCGCCCAUGAUGAAGAGUCGCUUCCACAUUCUGGGCACCUUCUUUGCCGUGACUCUCCUUGCGAUAUUUUGUAAAAACUGGGACCAUAUUCUGUGUGCCAUAGAAAGGACAAUAAUCCCAAGAUGAGCCCGCUGGUUCCUGCCUUCACGGUCUCUCUCAAAUUUUUUUUUUUUUUUAUUUUGGAGAAAACUCUGUGCAUACGACCAAAUUCCUGAAUGAACGGCUGUGCCAAAGAUGGCGAGGAGGACUGAAGCUGUGUGGUGUAAAUAAUUAGAAUCUCUUAACCCGGUAGCGGUUGCCAACACGGGUCCCCGUACGCGGUUAACGUGAAACUGUCCCAGAGUUCUCCCCACAUUGCUCACCGCCUUAAUCGGAGCAGAUCUCCAGCCCACCUGGCGAGCCCGGGGUGAUAAAGCCCCGUUCGUGGAGUGCUGGGCAUAAAGGGUGACCCCGAGGAAAGGGAGGCGCCUCCCUCUAUUUCCCAUGAAUCUCUGUCACACUGAGCUUCGUGAUUGCUAACAGCUGUGUUCUCUCUGAGCGCCCCACCCCCACCCCCCAACCAGCAGGGAGAUGGUGGUAGGGUUCAGAGAAAGUGAGCCAGACACAAGACUUGGCAGCAUUGAGCUCUUGGGGGGUGGUCUGUGGCAGCUCAGUCUCCCUGGGAUCCAUCCCACUCGCCCCCGGGUGACCCUGUGUCAUGUUAUGUACCCGGUGGUGUUCACAUGGGUCGACUGUGUUCUGUCCUUGUAACAUGGACAUGUUAUAGCUGCUUCUCCGGCGAAAGUCCGCCUAACCAGUAGCGCCUGCCCUUUAUACCCAGUAGGCACUAGAGUUUACUAACGGGCUCUCCUUAUGCCCAGGGAACCGCACCCCUGAGCUCAUCCUACCUGGUGAGCAGUGCCCUGCCCUCGGAGCACGUAGCCAGGCUUUGAUCACCCUGUAGCUCUGAAAACUCGGGGUGCUGCCAGCAUCCCUGGGGAGGCUUAUGCUCUGGCAGUUGUCAACUGUGAUACAUCCCCUUAGAGAAUGGGGUGCGCUUUCACGCGAUUCACUUUCCUCUCGGGUCUGCGGAGAUCAGAUUGCGAAGCUUGUUCAGGAAACGCAAACAAAUGAUGUUCCCGUUGCUCGGUUUUUUUUAUUUUUCUCGAAGACAACAAAAAUCAAACUUCAUAAAGCUUCAUGGGCGCCGAGGCGGGACACGGGAGGCCGAAGAGGGAUUGGACGUUUGGUCUAGUCGGAGGAUGGAUGGUGGCUAGGUUAGUGGGAGCCUUAUACCCAGAUGAGAUCAGGGGGUCCACUUAGGGACGUGAAGGGCAGCAGGAAUAAGAUGGACUGAGUCCAGCGCCAAAGCUAAGUUGCCGUCGCCCAUCUUGUAGGCACGCAGUAAGACAAGUCCUGGGGGAGGUCACAGAACACACGCACUGCUAGUGAGCAGAACUCAGUAGGCAGCGCCGCUGUGUUCGCGGGGUGCCGUUCACCGAUGAGGCUGGUUUUCUGUGUCCACCACAAACGGGAGAGAGAAGGUUGUAUUGGAUGCUGCCAGCCAGUCCCUGGUCGCACCACGCCUGCUGAAGGUGUAAAGCAGCUGUUAAAUGUUUACUCUCUUCCAGAAGAUACUCUCGAAGAUCUAAGUACCAUCACCUGCAGAUGACUUCUGAAGGUGGGCAUGGGGGAAAGGGAGUAGCAAUUGAGUGAAAGUCCAGCUUCUGUGAGCGGGACUCAUACAACUCCAGCCUCUGCCCUGGACUCCCAACUUUUAAACCAAUAAUUCAGCAAUGUUAGUAAAUGCAUAAAGUAUUGAGCCAUUACCCUAAACAGUUCCAGCGUCAAGCUUGUUAGAAAUAAAAAAAAAAAAAAUACACAUGAAAUGCAGAGUACUUUGAAAUCAGGGUGGGGGUGUGUAUCCAUGAUUGUGUGUCCCCACACGGGACGGAUGGAGGUUUCUAGUUGAGCAGGGAGGAAGAGAGAACCAUGAUCUUUCUUUAGUGUUUUAUUUUAAUGGCCUGCUCUCUUACCUGGAGGAGAUAUCAGUCUCCAUCUGCCUACACCUUGAAGCAAGCUGGUCUCCCGUUCCCAUUUAUGACUAUUUCCACGUGGCACUUAGAACAUGCCAGGGCCAGGUUGGCUGUGAAUGCUGCUGGUAGUUUACAGAAUGGGUAUGAAUAUAGCCUUAGAGGCUCGGUUAGGGCUCCAGGAGAACCCAGGAAGAGCAGGCCUAGUCUCAUGCCAGCACCCCCUACCCUCGCCCCCACCCCCGCACAGCCUAGCAAGGCUGUUCUUGAUGGACACUUCUCAGACCUGUGAUCUCAGUUUCUUCUCCCUGGUGACCGAGUAGGGAAAGAAGUUAGAGCACACACCACGCCCUUCAGUCUGAGCUUUGGACAGAAUCUGUUAGAAACUGACGCCGUCUUAAACUAAUGGGUGGGGUGGGGGGAACGUGGCACCCAAAUCACAAAUCCCUUCUAAAGAACUCGCAUUUCCAUCGACUCCCAUUAGAUGUCAAGUCCCUUCUUUACCCGGGUUUGCGCAGCCCAUGGGGCAUCCUUGCUUCAGUCUUAUGGAAAGUCCAUGAAGCUUUUUUUUUUAUUUUUUAAGAAGAUUGCAUAGUUCAAGGAGACUUUGAUUCUACAGUUCAUUAUUCUCUUAAGGGCUAUAACACCCCCCCACCCCCCACCCCCGCGUGCGCGCAUUGUGUUCUCUGGAACACGCAACGUACACACUGAAGAAGUGAAUUGUAUAAAUGCACAAUUAGAGACUGUGACACAACUGUGACACACCUUAGGGUUGGCACUGAUGCACACUUGGGUCGGCCAGUCGUGUUUUGCACUUUACAUUGGCAGUAAACAUCUCGCACAUUUCUCCUGGUGAAAACUAGUGGUCGGUGAGUAGGCAAAUACCUGCUCACUUCGGGACACUGGUGAGGGAUUCUAGAUGCUGGACUCUGGAGCUUUGGUGACAUGAUCAUCAUCAAUCACUGGAAGAGUGUUUAUUGAAGACAGAACAGAACUUUAAAAUAAAAGAGUAGCAAAUAUUAAACAUGUUCUCUCUGUGGGUUUUGAAUUUUUUUCAGCUUAUAUUUUGUAUAUGAUUAAACUGGAAUAAUCCCACCCCCACCCACCCCCCCUUCCAAAAAAGCAACCACUCACAAUGCAAUGGUAAUUGAACGAACUUUCACUGAUUUUGGGACUCCCCACCCCAAGUUCCUGGCUUGUGGCCUUGUGGCUUUCAGGGUUCUUGGCCUUCGUUCAUGUUAACACCCUGUCCCUCUUGUUUUAUUGAAGUAUGGCCCUCUGUGUGGACUUAACUGCCCUGCCUCUUCCCCAGCAGCAGGCUUAAUUACAGGUUAGAAUGUGGUAAGGAAGCUGGUUUCCCCCAAGCAACUAAUUACUUUGGUUCUUUUGGGUUGAAUUUUAAAUGCCAAAAUUGUUUUUGUGUCGAAUGGGAAUGUAUAGUGGGUUUUUUGUUGUUGUUUUUGGUAUUGAAUCCAGAUUGUCUGAGGUUUGGAAGAGAAGAAAAAAAAACACGUAUGCUUAUUGAUAAGGAGGUGUGUGGUUAAACAACCUAUUUUGCAUGUUUCCUUAAUUUUGACCUUGCACCAGGCAAUGAAUAUGGGCUUAUUUAGAGAGGUGGUUCAAAGUUAACAUGUAACUUUUAACAGGUCUAAAAAGAUAAAUCACAGAAAACAAUUUGAUUGGCCUGUUUGUAUCAAAAAUAAAGAGCUUUUAAAAAUAUGUCCUUAACAGGAACUGGGUAACUCAUUAGAAAUAAAGCAAAAAAUUCAAUUUUCUGCCAUGGAUUCAACUCUCCACUUAAAGAGGCCAGAAGUGAUAUAACACCUUGAGUGUGUGAGGGUGGUUUACAUGUUGCCCUUCUCAUAUAUUUAAAGCAUGUCUACUGUGUUUGUCCUAAAAGGAACAUUUCAACUAAACGUGCUGUGUUUAAGAUGCUCUGGGUCAGUAGCAGCAACACUGACUACAAUGUCAGGAAUGCUGAUUGUAACCUCUGUUGCAGAAUUCCCAUCUUGUGGGAUGCUACAUAGUUUUGUAUCUGCCUAAAAUUGUAAUUUCUCUGUAGAUCUUCCCCAUGGUGGUGUCACCAAUGAAUUCAAAGCAGGUGCCAUUCUUUUUUAAACACUUGAUGUUUGCUUUGGUGUUAAAUAAAAGAACUAGAUUUCUUAAAUUUUCA